AAUGAUCCCCCCUUUGAUGUGUUCGCGAAGAGGGGGCCGAGUGAGUUCGCGCGCGGAUGGUUAUCCCAGGUACUUUCUCACACUGGCGAUACCGAUCGCAUUGACAAACAGACCAAAGUCAUCGACCAACGGCAGUGGUUUCAAAGGAAGGACUUUAUCAACCGAGUUUGCGGACAAAAGUGUUUUUCUUUCUUUUAAAUAGUUUUAUUAUAGUGAAUGAUGUGGGUUCCUUUUAGCUGUGCAGGUGAAACGCUUGUGAUAAUUAAUUGUAUUUUCAAGCCAAGUGUAAGCGAAAGGUGCCUGCGACUAAACUAUAUAUGAACAGAGAAAAAAGACACGUAAGCCGAAUUACUUCGGAUGUGUGAAAUGGUCUAUUUUAUAAUAGCCACCAAAGGAAAGACCACCCAACCCAAGUGAUCCCGGUUGUUUUAAUCGUUGCAAUUUAAUAUUUGAUGUAGUGUCGUAUUUGUUCUGCUUCGCUGCAUCUCGUCUUACCUGAGAAGUUGUACAGUUUGUUUCUUGACACUGCGCUUAUUCACUUGAGUAACCUUCAACGUAUUCCCCACAACAUUCGGAGGAUCCAAGGCGACUAUCGAGGACGAUUUCAAAAUUACGGAUCCUCUUUUCCUGCUGGAUUUUGUCGAAGGUUUAGCUCAACACCACACCAAAGAGUGAAAGCGGAACGUCCAUGCUUCUUGAUACGACCUCAGUUUUGACCACUACUAAUAUAGACGGUGAAAGGAUUUUUUGCUCGUUACUCAUACUGUUUCAUCAACAGUGAUCUUCUUCCAACUGAAAAGUUCUAUUAUAACGCCACAUUUAACUUCCUAUCAUCAACCUAUUAUGUGUUAGAAAGGCGUAUAAGGCGCGGUAAAAAUGCCCCGCCCCCGGACAGACGCAAUGAGAGACCAGAGCCAACCCUCUACGGGCACGGUCACCGGUGCAUUUACUGAUGUAUCUGUGGCCGUGUACGUACCCGAUUCUGUUAAAACCGGUUAUGUAGAGAAGGAUGUGAGCAUCGCCAAACGGCUGGGCACCAACCUGGAAUCACACCAUCACCACCAGCAUCUGGACACUAGAUUAGAAACGUACGUGGAGCAGCUGCUGCCGAAAAAUUUCCCAGAAAACGGUACCAAUGGAAGCCUAUUUUUCUCGGAAAACGGUACUUACAAUGACUCUGAAUUGGUCACGGUCCCCAACGAUUAUGGCGAAAAAGAGCAGUUCGAUAAAGCGUUCAGAGAAGCCCAAGUGGCCAUCAUCGUUUUGUACACCGUUCUGUGUGUUGUUGCUGUACUCGGGAAUUCCUGUGCCGUUUACGUUGUGAUAUCGAAGCGCAAAAUGCGAAACGUUACCAACUAUUUCAUCGCCAGCUUGGCCGUGAGCGAUAUUCUCAUGGCCGUUGUGUGCAUACCAUUCAGUUUUGUCGCAAACGUACUUCUGGACCACUGGCCCUUCGGGUCGACACUGUGCCCAAUAGUGAUGUACCUCCAGGUUGCAGUGGUGUUUCAAAACGCUUACACGCUGCUCGCUAUGAGUCUCGAACGUUAUAUCGCCAUUAUGCAUCCAUUCUUACGACGUUUGGGAAAACGACGCUGUCUCCAGAUUGUAGCUUUGUGCUGGGUGCUAGCGUUUCUCACUCCCAUCCCAACCGCGGUCACGUCAAGAGUCGAACCGAUGCAGUUCGGCGAAAAUAACGAGACACGCGACAUCUGCUUCGAACACUGGGGUUCGGAGACCCAGCGGUUUUCCUACUCGCUCACGAUUAUGGUGUUGCAGUAUUUUGUGCCGUUGCUAGUGCUCAUCUACACCUACGCCAAGAUCGUGCACGUGAUCUGGCUGAAGGAUCUGCCCACGCCAGCCGAGCUGCUCAACCCUAAUGAGAAAGAGAAGGAGGCCAAGCCCAAAGAUACCGCGGUGGACCCCCGGAAAAAGGCUCCAGGCACCAAAACCUUUCAACGACAAACCUGGCGCAUUAUCAAGAUGAUGCUGACAGUGGUUGGGAUCUACGGAAUCUGCUGGCUGCCCUUACACGCCAUCACCAUUGCUUUUGACGUAGACAAUUCUGUGUAUGACGCAGCCUACAUGCGUGUCGUCUGGAUCGCCUCCCAUUGGCUGGCUAUGAGCAGCUGCGCGUAUAACCCGUUCAUCUAUUGGUGGAUGAAUCCAAAGUUCCGAGAGGGCUACUCCAGUGUGUUCUCGAGAAUGAGAUCCUACUUGUGUUGUUGUGUCUGCUCAAGCAGCUCGGAUGGAAAAGAUUUUGUGCCCUCCUCCGAUAAUCGGAGAUGUAUCUUCAAGUGCGGUAACAACGGAUCUAGCAACCUUUGUGCAAGCAGACGGCAGUCAGCCACUCAAAUGGUUGAGUUCACAGGAGUUUCUUGUGACGUCACCCGAGCGGAUCUCGCCAGGGAAAAAGUGAUGGCGAAAGAGCAUCAUGCUCUCAGCAAUAUCUCGGAAGUCGCUGAGAACGGCACGAGUUUCAACUCUUCGAAACGGUUCAAUAUGUCCAAUGGAAAUGACGACGAAACGCCGUUUUCUCACAGCUUGCACGCUUGAUUUGACCAUUCCUAAUGGAAACCGAUUCAUGCUUGCGUCGGUGGCUGCUCAAACUGAAUUUGACUCUCAUGCUGCGAGCGUCAAACCAAAAUCUAACCCCCAUGCUGCGAGCGUUUAUACAGUAUUGGACCUGUUCUGUGAGUAAUUCUACCCAAGGGUUCUUGGACUGGAAGCUCUGUGCGUCUUCGAGUGCUCUCGGGAUCGGAGUUAUUUGCCUUUCCAAAUUUAGCGAUUCAAAUGGAAGCUUUGCGAACGUAUAAUUCAGUCGUGCAACGCAUAAAAGAGACGUGGUUGGGGUCUUUGAAAACUAAAGAGUGCUGGUUCAAGUUUCUCCCGAUGGGAAAAAGUUGUCAGUCUACUCUGCAGAGCUCUCGGCUAAUUGGAUAAACAUUUUAGAUAGUUUAUAAUUCUGUGUUCCAUUUCUUAUACAAGUUGGAGAUACAUUAAUAAUAUAUCUUUUUUUAAAUUUCAUUUUAUCGGGAUUAUUUUAAUCUCAUUGGCAAUAACUCUCUCUUGUGAACUUCAAGUUAGAGGGGACAUUUAUUCGUGAAAACGGUGAAGAUCUUACCAGGAAAUAACAUCAGUUACUUUAGGUUUUUUUCUUGUGAUAAAACUGACCACAUUUAAUUUGCAUUCUGUUGUAGAGUGUUUGCCUCGGUCGAAUGAUCCAGUCGGGAAUUACUUUGAUAAUGCACUCUGAUGAUUGCUCAAAUAUUAUGUUUUUACGGAUAUUUUUUUUUUGAUCGAGCUGAUACAAGCGAGCUGUUUUUUGCUUGAACGUUUGUUGUGGAAAAUGUUGUCUUUCUGUCUUCUGUCGUCGGCUGUUGAUAGUUGUCCUUUUCCUUCUUUCUAGUAGUUUCCUACUUUGUGUCUAGAAUAAAUCACUUAAACAGUAUAA